AACAGGAGGAGUAGAAGGCCUGUUAAAUUGGUGGGCCGCAGAGGGUGACUUUGCUUUGCGAAGUCCGUGCUCGCGACCUUGGCCUUGAACGUGCACUAUGGCAGCUCGCGAAACCUCCCCCUUCCAAGCCGCAGAUGCUCCCAUUUGGAGACCGGAAAUGGCGGUGCGGCAAAAUCCGUACAGGUACCUGGACCAUCAGAAAGGCACGAUUGGCAUCCUAGACAUCCGGCUCAUAGACGGCCGUGACCUGGACUCGACGGGAAGAGGCGAGUCCGGGCGGAGUGCGAGCGUCUCCCCUCAAGUCGUAAUACGAGUCCCCGCCGAGGAGGCCAGAUCCUCGGUGGUUCCCAGGAAUGCCCACCCGUCCUGGCAAGAGCGCUUCACCAUGAAUUUGAAGAAAGGUGUGCUCCAAGAAGGUGCGCCAGUCUUGGUUGUCUUCCAGGCAUUGGAUGCCGCAUCGUGGCGGAGCCCGCUGGGGGGAAGCAAGGGCCGCGACCUGGGCUCCGGCUCCUUGGACAUUUUGCCCCUCCUGAACGGGUCGCGCGGUAGCCACGUGAUGGACGAGUGGGUCUCGCUCAGUCCGGGGCCCGGGCGCCUGCACGUGGUGGUGGAGUACGAGCCCGUGGGCAUGGUGCCGGAAAUGGACGACGUGGUCUUCUUCGAGGCCUUCGCGCGCUCUCCUCGCUCCCUGGUCCUCCCCACGAACGAGCCCAUGGUCGUGCGGGCGGUCUCCGGUGCCUACCUCCUGGUCGGCUUCCGCACCCCCACCGCCCGACAGGCCCGCGGCCCCGAGGCGGCGCCCGAGUGCCGGCUCAGGGUGCACCGGCAGACAGUCUUCGUGAUCGAGCGGCACACCCUCCUGGACGCGGCCUGGCACUCGGUCAUAGACGCGGCCGACAUGGUGCAGGCCGUUCCCCCCGUUCGCUGGGCCAAGAAGCAGCUCCAGCCCUACGCCAAGUACGCCCAGGUGCUCGCGCGGCCUGCCCUCACCUCCCUCCACGUCACCUUCGCGGCGGCGCGCCUGGCCAUGCGGAGCGGGAUGGCGGCCUUGGGGGGGGCGACCAGCACCGUCUUCGGGGAUGACUAG